UGCGAUAAACGCGCUCCCGGGCGCCACCAUUCGGCAUCAUCUGAAGAAACACCUGUAUACUCUGAAGCUAUGCAUCGCGCCAUCAUCUCUAUUCGAUGUGCUGCAUCAAAGCGGUCUUUCCAAUCAUUGAAGGACCCGUUGUACCUCCGUGAAGUCCAUCUUCUUCGCCCCGGUACUCUUCUGCCAUCUCCUCAGACUGGGCAACGCGACUUGGUUCGGCUUCAUGAGGGGUUCAAACCUCGUGCUACGAAGUACUUUGUGGUUCGUGCUCGC